GUUUUCUUUGUUUUCGUUUGAGCUUCUUUCCUCCCCCUUUUUCUUUUUUGCUUUGAAAGGUUCCGUCAAUUAUGCACUCUACUGCUCUUAUCCUGCUCUUGGCCGCGGCCUCCGCGCAAGCAUUAUUACAAUCCCCUAAUUACCAAUACAAUGUAACACAGCCUACACCGAACGCCCCUUAUGUCGCCGGCCAGAAGCUUCCUCUUAUCUAUCAAAUUGCCGCGAACACAACCGCCGACAAUCUUCAGUUAUCAAUGACCUUGGUUGAAACCAGCAAUGCUACAAACAGUGUUGUCAUGGUUCCUCAGGCCGAAAUCGGACAAGGGUUCAGUGCUCAAAAGACCAUUGAUGGUGGCGCCAUUGUGUAUGAACACCAAUAUGAUUAUAAUAUCCCUACCACCACGAAGGCAGGCAAUUACAACGCUAUCUUCUUGGAUAAUAUAUCGCAGACCAACGUAACAGUUCCUUUGGUGAUCCGUCCUGCACCAAUUCCUCAGCCGAGCGCUUCAUCGGCCGCGUCCAAUUCCGGAAGCGUGGGACCGCAGCCUACGAGGAAUACCAGUAUUUUCAAGGACCAAAACUUGGCUUCUUCUGCUCAAUGGAACUCACUCUUAUGCUUCCUCGCUAUUUUUGUAACUUCCUUUGCUUACCUCGCGUAACCCUUCCAUAACUAUUUUGUACGACUCGGCAUCUCGUUUCAUCGAUCCAAAAACGAAGUAAUUACUAUAAACAGAUUUUAGCAUUUCUGCACAGUUGCAACUUUCUUUUUUUGUUUUUCCUUUGGGGUCUAUUGUCUACUGCAUUGUUACAAACGCGUUACUCGAAGCUUAUAUUAUGCAGACAUUUGUAUAUCAGAGCGUGCUUUUCUUAAGAUUAAUUGAGGCAUGUCUUGCUAUUUGUGAGUUAUGAAAGUGCAAAGAUAUAGCGUGUCCUCUCGUUCGCUUCACAUGCCAGCAACAAGUGAACAGCUAUAUUUAGCGACAAAGAUGUUUGAAAUGUUAUCAGGGAACCAUGGCUUUCUGAAGAUCGGUCAAUCUCAUUGUUUCGCUGGAAACGAAAUUUGAGCAAUUUUGUAUGCGCCACGUGUGAUGCGUUGCAAUGAUUAAAGGUAACAGAUACGUAUGAAUUUCACCAAGCUUGUCCA